AUGGAGCAGUCCACAGCUAGAGCAAGUGGUGUCGCUCCACCUAAAAAGAAGAAAGAACCUGGAGCUCUAACAGGAAAGAGUGUUGUGGUGCUGAAGCCCUGUGAUGUUGUAGAAAGGGAUGGCACAGUGUUCAUGCCCAACACAAUUGAAAUGGCUCAACUUAAAAAGGCAGAAAAGGGCCAGUUUAAAACAAACGUGCAGAUUUCUUCAAUGAUGACUGAAAUGGACAUAAAAAAGAUAGUAGUGGAGACAUUUCCUUUUCUCAAAUGCCAAAGGUAAUGAUAUUGCGAACUUCUAGUAUAAAUAUCUCAGUGUCACGGUAAUGAUAUUGUUAUACGAAACGGUCACAAUUAAGAAAAAUUAAUGUAAGGUGAUCCAUAGGUGAAUGAUUGCCGUCUCUUUUAAUACCCUAGCUGCCCCUAUCCUUCUGUCUUCCACUAGGUGAGUUUAAUGGAGCUCUCAGUGUCACGAAAUUUAUUUCUUGAAAUUCUCACAGUAGGAACUGCCAUCAAAUUGAGUGAAAUAUAAAUAUCACUACUAAAGAGAAAUUAAAAGAACGUAUUAAUAAUUGCCCCCGCAGGAAUUUCGCCCAGAAGGCGAAAUCCCAAGGAGGCACCCUAGUAAGUCGCGCGUAUAUUACGAAAGUACUUACAGUUGAAAUAUAAAGUCAGUAUGCCAGAAAAAAAUUGUUUGAACAGAGGCCGCAAGGUAAGUAAAAGAUGGUUAGGAUGACGUAAAUCAGAAAAUCCCAAAGGGAGUUUGUGGGAGUUUGUGUAUUGUGACAUCACAAUAAACAGGGGUAGCUUUUAAUCAAAAAUCCCUAUUUGGGGAGUUAGAAAAUCCCGAGGGGACCGCUUAGGUAGAUUUUGUGACAUUUAUUGUCAUAAUACGAUACUCUUCGGCGUUACGUGUUAUCAGUGACAUUCUUUGGAGCAACUGUUUUGAAAGUGAUGGGCCAAAAGACACUCCGAUUUAAGGGCAGAUGAAGUUAUAACACCUGGAGAGUUAUGUGACACUGGUCAGCGGAUACCUUUUUUGACAGCUGUCAAUUGACCAUAACAUGGUUGUCCAAUACCAAGUUUAAGAGUAUAUGCGUUCGACUUCUAGCUUGUUAGUAUGCCAUUUAACAUCCGAUAACAUGAAUGGGUGGACUUACAUACUGACGAUUUUGUCAAAACCCAAAUUUCUUGGAUACAUAGAUAACCAAAUCAGUUUUCUUACCACUGGUGGUUCACGCGAGAGGUCCGCUAUUAAUGACACAGCAAAUACAAAAUAAGGUAUGGAUGGACAAACUUGGAGAAGAUUUUCAAUACAGAUAGUGAUUUUGUGUUUUUGUCAAAUUCAUUUUGUUGUUUUGAUUAAAAAAAAAACUGUAAUGCUUAGGAGUUUGGACAGGCCCUGUGAUUUUGUCAUUUACAAGUACUUUCUUCGCUUAAAGUUUCACAGCGAUGAAAAUUAAGAGAACAUCCCUUACAACUUCAAAGUGGUGUUUCUGGCGAAAUAAAUUGCACUGUAAUAGCGAGAGAUGUCAUAUUAUUGUCCUCUCUUUAAUCUAUUGCUUUCACUUGUGCCAGCAUGAGUGCUUGGAAUUUAAAGGGGCUGUGUCACGGCCGCCUAGUUCCAUUUGUUAUUAAUGUCAAUUACGCUUCCUUAUAGGCAACGAAAUACACAUUAAGUGGUAAGUUAAUGUUGGGUGACCCCAGUUGACGUUUCUGAACUAUCUGAUAAUGAUCUUGUAGGCAGGAUUUUUUCUGCACGAGCGGUCAAAGUCGGUUUGUCUCGUUUGAUGAGAUUCUUCUGAUGAUCGUAAAUUAAUCUACUAUAGCAGCUGCGUUAAGCACGACGUAUAGAUAUAUUGAAUUUAACAAAUAUUUAAAAAACGCGAAAUACCAGUCUUUCAGUAAUUUUCACUGCAUUUUUACAUUAAACCAUUCCAUUCUUUUGCUAGUAACAGGUUGUACUGCGCAGGAGCAAAAGACAAUCGCACAAGAUUAGACUUUUAUGGAGAGCGUCGGAUCUGGAAUGGACGUUUUAUAAAGCAGAAGAUAAAGGGCAACUCAGCCCUCUAUAUUUAUGCUGAAGAGGUAAGGUCUCUAUUGACCAUUUUCACAUAGACCUUAAUGCACCUUGUUUAUCCCCAAAAUUUUGCAUAACCAGUGUUUCCUGAGUAUUGCAGUCGUCCCAAGAGAAAUCGAAGACAAUGGCUUUUCAAAAUUUGGGUGGAUGAACAAGGCGCAUUAUGGUCUAUGUGAAAAUGAUGAAUGUAAAACAAAAACAUUUCAAUCAAACUUCGCUGGUUCGGCGACACACACAUUUCUAGUUACACACAUACCGUAUAUUCUUUAAUGACGAUUAAGUGCAUUUUGAGUAAAAAUAAUAGCCUGGAACGAUCAUAGGUUUCAGGGCAGAAAUCAUCUUUAAGGACGGUGCCCACUAUUGUUAUUGCGCACAUUUUCUGCGCAUCUCAAGGUAGUCGCGCGCGACGCGAAAGAAAUGCGCAACACGCAGGACACGCGGACUGGUUUUGUCUCUAGUAAGUCGUGGAGGUUUUAGUUAUUUCUUGUGAAAAAGAUGUUUCGUUUUUCAACAAAUGACACAUAAUUUUUAUUUACUUUUGUCAGUUUUUGAAAAGUGAAGAAUUAUGUGCAUGUUGCCAUUUAUGCCGCAUGAUCAAUCUCACCGAACAUUUUAUAGUAAAAAAGAAGGUCUGCUCUCAAAACAUCAAAAGUUAUUGCUUCAAAUUGUUAGGUUUAGAGCUUGAAUAUUAAAAAGUCCCUUAAAAGGCAAGGGUCAUCAGUAAAUCAGAACAAAAAUAGCUUUAAGUCCUCCGUUUAAUCGGGAAACUGCAAGCUUACCUUUCACUCGCGUCCUUUGCGUUUUAGCGGCUAAUCGGCUCUAAACAAAAUGGUUAAAAAACGAUCGAAGGUUUACAAUCCAUAUUGCAUUUACAGUUCAAAAAAUCUUAAGGACAUGUACAGGUAACCAAACGAUUGAAGGAGUACCUGUCUAAGAGUCCCUGUCGACUAUUUUCCACUUCAGUCCAGUACUUUGUUUGAGGUAACGGCCUUGGAUCUUGAACUCGCCAUACUUCUACUCUGUACGCUGGAAGUAAUCUUUAACACCUCGAAGAUUGCUCUUCUCCAAAACUUUUUGUUAAAUGUUUGAGACAGAGAAGCCCCAGUUGAAUGAAAUAGAAUAAUUUGUUUUCCUUAGAGUCCAUAAAAUAUCCUGUUUGACUUUCUAUUUCUGCUCUCUUCCGUGGGUUGUUCUUCUCUCUCGGGCUUACUGUUAGCCAUUGUGGAUAUCCCAGAGUAAUCCGCGUUGAGUGAAGCAAUAAUGAAACUGACCGGGGAGGGGAUGGGAAAAAUUGUAAAUAACCCCUAAAGCGAUUAAGUUAAGGUCGAAACUAACUAAUAUAACUUCUAAAAACGCGGGGUAACCCCUACUUUUUAUGAUACCAAAUGAAAGUAAUAAGUCUACUCAGCAAACGAUCAAUUUUUGGUUUGGGAAAGAUGUUGUUAACACUAUUUUUAAGGCAAACGCGUGUAGACGGGUAACUGCUGAUUACUUUCCAGUUGUGAUGAUAUUUAAAAAAAAAAAAGAUGUAUAAGGAGCAGUUGUUAUGUUAUCAUUUGUUGCUUAUUUUGAAGCCUUGUUGCAAUUAUUAUUGAAUUUGUGCCAGUUAACACAGUACACUCUGAAAAUUGAUUUUCUAAAAAAUGUCUAUUCAGCGUUUUUCUCCAUAUUGAAGCACAGUUAUCUCUGAAAAAUGCGUGGUUACCCCCAGUUUUCUUUUGGAUUUCAAUAGCCCCUGAUAUGAUCUACAUGACAUAACAUAACAUAACAUAACUUUAUUAUUUAUAUAGCGCAAAAUACAUUGGUAUAUGAUCUAAUGCGCUUGUCUACUUGUCUCACAUAGUCAUUACCUGGGGAAAAAAAUACUUCCCAUUAGUGGGCACCGUCCUUAAUUGCACUAUUUUUCACAGUUGCAUAUGCACCUUUAAUAAUCCGCACUUUUUGCUCUUUUCGCUAUUAGAUGUUGCCUGCGUCGCAGACGUAAUUUAAUCUCGAUUAGUAACGUCUGCAAAGCAGCGCCGAUAUUCUUGUUCUGGGCACCCAACGGACUCAAUGAUUACCGAAAAUGCGUUUCGAAUUUCCUUUCAUCUUGAUUGGUAAAUCGACAAUGGCUUUUUAACCGGCUAACCAUGAUCAUGGGAUGUACUCAAAUCUUGGUACACAGGUGGGAGCCCAGAACAAGGAUUUUGGCGCAGUUUCGCAGACGGACUUAACCAGAGUUAAGUUCCGUCUGUGGCGCAGGCUAUAUCAGAUGUAGCAAAUGUUUUCUUAUCUGUUCAGUUUAUCAACAGGUGUUGUCGCUUUCCUUGACAAUGUAUUGCUUUAUAUAAAAAAUUCUAUUGACAAACAGGAUUCCACAGUAGCAAGACAGAUCGAGGCUUCAGGAAUUGAUAACCAGUCCCUCUCGGCUUCAAGUGAAAGCAAUAAGUCAAUUAAACAACCUGCUGCUUGUUCAAACACGCGGGCACACCUAGGGUCAGUAAGGACAGUCGCAGAAACAGCAACAGUAACAGUAACAACGUCACUCGUGCGUCUGAUAUCGUCACCGUCUGUCGCAAUAGGUAAUGUAACAGUGAGCGUUUCCUUUUAAAUUUACAUUUCAUUUACUAAGAAAAUCCACGUGUCAACUUUUACUACACCAUACUAUUGAGAUAUUUUUCGCUUAAUGGCUUUCUUAAGGGGAAAAUCGAAGAAAUAAAAGAAAUUGUCAUUAGAAAUUAAAAACAUCAUUUCCAAAUCCUUCUCGUACACACAGAACACAAGAGUAUAAAGUCAUGAAAACGUAUCUAAAAAAAGAGAUUUUAUUUGCCCGACUCAAUAAAUGAUAAUUAUAGAAUUGAUUGUAUCUUUGCGGCUAGAUCUGUACUCACUCGCGAUCGCUUAGUGCAGUUACUCAUCCAUGCUAUAAAUUCCGUUCCUUAGUAAAUCAGCGUACCCAGAAUGCCAUUCCCAUGUCAUCAGUAUGUGCCACUCAGGUAAGGUCCAAGUCCAUGUUGUUGUUAUUCAGAUAAUAAAAUCUUUGGCAAUUUAGUUUGUUCAGUACGUGAUGAUGAACAUGAAAGUGGUUUAGUCUGCAGUCUCAACUGAUAAUUUUAAUAUGAUUUUGUCUGGUAGUUUGACUGCCGUACGCGCGCUCGCUUAAAAUACACCACACACUUGUUUAAAAGAAUAGCUCACGGUACUUCACAAAAGUUGGCUUUUCAUUGUGAUGAGUUGUAUUUUGGUAGAAAAAAGCGUCGAUUUAUUUUUUCGAUUAUCUGGCACAAAAACCAGAGUAUGGUUAAUGCAUUUAGCACGAAAAUACUAUUUGGGGACACGUUUUUUACGUUUCUAACUAGAGCUGGGACUAGCCUGAGUAUGAGGCGUUUCUGGGGGGAAAAGGGGAAAGAUGUCUAAAAUCUCCUCUCCCCUAGCCCCUUAGGAAGGCCUCAGCCAAAGUUGGGACCACCAUUAAUGUGGUCAUUUGAGCCACGCAAAGGUCCAGCCGCUUGCAGUGUAAAGCGAGCACUUUUAUUUCGCAGUUAUUUUAAGACCCUAGCUUUAAAAAAAAAAAAAAAAAAAAAAAAAAAAAAAGGACAGUAGAUAUAUCUAGCAACCUUUGUGGCAUUACAGGUGUGGUAUGGAAUCCCUAAUGAAAGGGUUCCCAAGUCUCCACUAAAAUAGUGGGUAAGGUGGGGAGGGAGGAUGCGUGUAUACAAGGGUGUUGUGUGUAUAAAAACAGAACAAAAAAGUUAGAUGUUAAGAUUAGCACUGAUAAUGAGGGACGGGCAAACUGCAGAGCAGCUAUGUCUACCUCAAAGAAGUGCAAAAAAUUAUUGAGCAGAAAGUAAUAAUUGCUGAAAUUUUAAUAACGAUAGGAUUAAAUAAAAUAUUAAAGUUGAAAAAUAAAAAGAAUAAGUAUUGAGGGACUGGCAAACUGUCAAACAGCUAUGUCAACCUCAAAAAAGAGUUAGGAUAAGUAUAAGAGGAUGAGGGGUUAGAAGGUAAAAAUAAUAAGAAGGAUGAUAGGAAGAUGAAAGGGGAAAAGAGGGACCGGCAAACUGCAAAGCAGUCAUGUCAACCUCUUGGAGAGUUAAAAAUAAAGAGGAGAGAAGAGGAAAAGGAGGAAAAAAAAAAAAAAAUUAUUUUUAAUAAUAAAAUGAAAUGAAAUAAAUGAUAGAAUGAAAUAAAAUAAAAUAAAUGAAUAAUAAAUCCGGGUUAAACAAAGGAAAAAACUAACAAAGGAAUUACUUCAAUAGCUUUAAUGUGUGAUUUUUUCUUCUUCUUCAAAAAUAAUGGUAACAUGUUUGUGCAAAAAUGAAAACGUACAGCUGUUUGAUUCUUUGGUGAUAAUAAUAGUAUCAAUGUGUUAUAUGUGUUGUCUAAUGCUUUUCUUUCGGCUGGAAAAUUGUUGACAAACAGAUUCCCACACAUUCGGGAGAACAGUCAUCGCUAAGGUGCUCCGACGAAGGCUACGAACACCCAUCAAAGAAACGCAAGACAGCCCAGAACGUUUCAAAACACUCAAAAACCAACGCUGGUAACCGCUUCAGGAGAAAAAGGUCACAUUCUAUGACUUCGUCAAAUUCUGUUCCUAUGAGUGUUUCGUGUCCAGUGGGUAUGUAAAUUUUCCUUUUUGUUUAUUUUCUGUAUAAUAUAUAGUGGUUAACUCAACUCCAAUCAAUCAUAUAAUGGAAUCCUCGCGCGCUUUCAAAACACCCAUAUCUCGGUGACUGAUUCAUUCAGUAAAAUUAUAGAGUUAUAAGGAAAGGAUGGAAGGUAAUGGAUAUAACUACUGCAGACUGAUAUAAUAGUUCAAGAAGCUAAUCUAUUGACUCCUCGGCACCUAAAAAGCCCCAACAUAUGCAUUUAUAAUUCAUCCCGAGUGUUUUAUUAGAAUUUCAUUUCCACAUGCACAGCAUCUGAUCAACAAAGUUUAGUACAACCUAUGCCUCCUAAUACUGGUGCCAUAACGGACACGUCGAAGCUAGCGGCUCAAAUGGAAAAUUUGAGAUUCGGAGAAAAAGCUGGUUCUAGUGGCAAAAGAGUCGACAAUGGAGCAGACUCACGCCACGACAGUCAGGUUUGUCCCACAAUAGUAAUUUUGGAAGUUCUAUACUCCCCGGGACGGUACUUCCAGAAGAAUUGGGUGGGGGUGUGCGGCACGCUUCCUGAAACCCUUACCCUAUUUCAGACCAAAAUCUGUGAUUUUCCCUACCCUAUUUCAGACCUGAUCAAAAAUUUGAUACACUAUUUCAGACCUGACCCUUGAAUCAAUACUCUAUUUCAGGCCUGACCCUUAAAUCAAUACCUAUGUCAGACCAAUGUUAAACGCAAUGUUUAUACGCUUUUAUUAAGUAGUAUACAAAACUGUACAAAGUUUCGAGUUUCUAAACAUUAAAAGGGAAAUGGUCUUAUCGCCUAAUGAUGAAGAAGUGGCUUCUUCUAAAAAAAAUACCCAAUUCAAGACUAGAGUGCUCAAACCAUACCUCAGACCAUAAUGGUCAAAAUUGAUACCCUCUUUCAGACCAAAAGGGCUAAAAAAAACCCCACCCUUUGGCGCCGCACAUACCUAUAUAACCUAUAUAAGGGGGUACCCCCCCGGGUCUAUACUUUACUUUAACUGAAAAUUCAGAAGUCUUAGCUAUUGUGGACGGUGAAAACAGUGCUGUUGUCCACCCAAUAACUAAAUAUCAUUGAACGCAAUGUUUACUCUGACCAUAUUCAUUAUAUUAUGUAUCAUAAUGAACCUUGCAAAGUUCGUAGUAGUCGGAACAUUGUUGUCAUUUAAGUGGAAAAACGUCAUCAUUUCCGUUCGCCACAAUUUCGAUAUUAGUUAUACAUAGUCACAAAACUAUACGUCACGUACGUCUAGUUACUUUUCUCAGUCAACAUCAAGAAGAGUUAUAUUUAUUGUUAUGUUUAUGUUUAUUAUCAUUUAUUUCAUAGUCAAAGCCUCUACCAACGGAGGAAAUAAUUGAACUUGGAGGUAUGUAGAAAUGUGCUUACUUUUAAAUUCAGAGUAUUUUUUUACGAUUUUAAAAGUGUAAAGUUCGCAAAAGGCAGCUAAUCAACACUUUUUUCUCUCAUGUAGUGUAGGGAAGCUGUUUUUAGCCAAGAAAUAAAUAUGUAUCUCAGGCUUAUCUUUGCAUAACCGAUAUUGGUAUCAACGAUGUCGUGUUUUACUGAAGUACGUCAAAUGCUCGUAGCUCUUACUUUUUUUCAACAGCUCACGUUUUCCUGUGUCAAUUUUAGAUCAUAAUUGAGGGAUAUUCCCAUUUUUGUGUUCCCAUCAAAAGAAACUAUCUUUCUUGUCCCAGAUUUAUGUGGUCAUCCAAACAGUUAUUAUUUGUAAUUGUUAAGGCUGUGUAAAUGCAUAUUAUCUAGAACUUCCAAAGGAAGAAAAUAUCUUUUGAUCCUUAUCCUUCUUGAUCCACAAAAUCUUUGAGAAGUGGUCAAUGUGAGGAAAUUGUAUUCACUGCUACGGACCCUAUAAUUUUUGUGGUCACAGAUUUAGCCGUUUUGUUCUAGCCUUAUCAUGCAUUUAUUGUUGCUUUAAAUAUGUUGCAGCCAACGGGCCUGAAUGAGACUGGAAUACGUAAAAAGGAAGCUUUUUAAAACAACUAACUUUCAAAAACCUUUGUGAUUUUGUUGCUAAGUCUUGUUGAUUAAUAAUAUUAUAGGACAGCCACAUAAAGGAUGGAGUCUAGGUGGAGGUUCAUCCAGCUUGACAGGCGAACAGCCCUACUUCAUUGGUCAACAAACGCUAGAUGACAUAUAUCAUGAAAGAGUAGGGGUAAGUUUAAAAAAAUUAUAAUAUUAUAUUAUUAACUGAGAAUAAUAUUAAGCAGAAAAGUGGGGUUAAACAAAAUCAAACGUUUAAGGUUAAUUCUGAAUGCUAACAGUCAACGGUGGGCGUUUCAACAAAAAAGAAGCAUCAAAUACAAUACAGAGGAAGCGUGUAGUAUGUUCUUUUAUAACCAGACAACAUUUUGCGUUUUUGUGCAGGUUUCGAUGGAAGAACUGGACACUAACCCGCGGAUGGAGAUCAACAGACAACAAGGUUAAUUUUCUAUCCUUUUUUCACUCACACUAACUAAAUAAUAAUUAAUAUUUUCAGCAUCAUUUCCUCUCUGUAUUCUGUCUGGCCUGUUCUAAGCUUUCGGUCAGUGCAGAUGAGCGAAAAAAGCGAGCGAGAGAAAAACGGCAGAAAGAGAGAGAGUCUCUCUUAACAGAGCAACUUCAUCGUCCUCGUAGACGAUGAGUCACUUAUUUCCACUGAAUGAAAAAAAAAUGUGGCAGUAGGAGCAUGGCAUCAAAGCCUUGAAACCCUUAUAUGCCUUUUCUUCCACAGAGGCAGCUGUUAUUGCAGACCCAGGAGCCCAAGGGCUUACAGAGGUGAGUGUUUUAAAGUUGUAUCUGGAACAAAGUGUAAAGCUUGCAGUAUAAGGCGUAUUUUUCCAUUGAACCCAUUUUGAAGCUGAUAUCUCUAGGUUUCUAAAAGUCGCGGAUAUGGCCUUUAAGUUACCAAAAUUAUAUUUAGGUAAUCAGCUAGUUGCAGAACAACCGCGAAAUUGUUCAAAAACGUUGUACAAAGGAGGCUCAAGUGUAGUUGAUCUUAACGGAGUGAAAUUGAUGAAUUAAAUCAUACAGGCAGCUAUUUCAUCAUCAUCAUCCUCAUUUAUUUGCCUUGUUUAAGUACAAUGGAAGUUUAUAGCAACAUCUUUUGGCGAGAAGACCUCAAGAAACCGCCAGGCUUAUCUCAGAGGCCACCUUGAAUAUAAAUACAUUUGCAACUAAAAUAAGUGCUACGCGUGUGCGGCUUGGCUAAUUUAAGAUUAUUUUAGUAAAAACUCUACCAUCUUUUUCUUAAAGCUAGGAAAGCUUUGUAAACAAGUAACAUAUGCUGGGAGAGAAUUGCAAAUUUUCGGACCUUGGCAGAGAAUUGCGAAUUGUGUAAGAUUUAAUAGUUUGACAAGAGUGCCAUCGAUAAUCGCUGGCUGUUCUUGUGCCAUAGUUAUGUAAUUGAGAACUUGUUAUAAACAAUUAAUGAAACAUUUGAGGCAACAAUUGAUUAUGAUGAUAAAACAAAAAUUUGGUUAUAUGAAAUGUCAUGAUUUGAAAAAUAUCUAGAAUUCCUAAUUUUGUGAAUAAAGGAUAUGAGUGUGCCCGAUAGUCUGAAUUGGUGAUAGCUAACAUAGCCCGCUUUUGCAAAUAGAAAAUUCUGUUUAAGUUAGAUACAUAUGUAGACGACCAAGUGGAGUCACAGUAAUUAAUAUACGGACAAAUGAACGUAUAUUACAAAGAUAGUUUUCUAAAGUAGGUUGAGUUUGAUCGUCCGGGUGAACGUAGUCCUGAAUAGGACUGUUGUUGUUGAUAGUGGCUGACGUUUCGACAACCUGUGCGGUAGUCAUCUUCAGAGUCAAAGUGAGUUGUAUUACGUCAGUUGAUGGUGUUAUACUCUGGUUAUUGAUCUGAUUGGUCAAUUACGUCGUGAUGUUAUUGGUCGUCUGUCAGUUAAGCCGUGAUGUUAUUGGCUAUGAAGACUCGUAAUCAGUAAUUGUCACAGUUAAACAGUCGUCUAUUGUUAGUCAAAUUGUCAGUUCUCCAGUCGUUCUCUCGUAGUUAGUUUUGCUUGAUCUCGUCGAUAAGUCGUUUGUACAGCGCUGGUAAAUGUUGGCUACGAUUCAGUGGCGUUUGUUCUAAGUUAGUAAACCAGCUUUCUAAAGUAAGACGUCGAUAGUAGUCUGUAGAAUACGUUAUACAUGUCGCAGAGUCCCAGCAAGAGAGAAUGAGCUAAGGGAGCGAAUCCCUGUGAAGUUCGCGCGCAUGCUACGAAGGUUAUUUUUGUCUUUUGUGUCCGGGACGCGCGUGGUCUACUCUCACGUGAACGGGACAUGUUUCGCCGCCAAACAUUUGAAGUUUGACAGCCAUUAUAGUAAUUAGCGCCAGGAGCCGAUGAGUACACUCCUUUUUUUCUAUAAGAAUAUAUUUUAUAAGAAUAUCAGGGCUGAAAUUCGCAAAAUUUUAAGAAUAUUUUAAGAAUAAAACCCAGACUGAGAUAUUGAAAAGGAUAUAUUUUUGUGUUCAAAAGCUGUAAAUACAAUACAAUUAUAUAUUUUCCACUUAUUCCAUUCUCUGAAGGGGAAAACUAGGCAACAAAACGAGAAAACAUGAACUAACUAUAACUGAUACCCCCAGUAUAGUCUAAAACGGAAAUGUCAUGAGCUAUAAACUAAGAAUCAAAAAUACUAGAAUAUUUUCAGCCAAAAAUCGGCAGAAGAAUAAGAAUAUUCAGCCUGUGCCGGGAAAACAUCAUUCUUAUUUAAAAAAAGAGUGUAUCGGCUUUUGUUGUUGACAUGCUUUUGAUCAGUGUUCCGCUCAUAAUUUAGGAAUGAAUUUCAUUUACAAAGGGAUUGCAGUAUUGGAGUCAAAAUUUCACUUUGAGAUUAAAAACCGAGAUUUUCUAACGGCUAGUAGCCUCAUUUAAAGUAACGAAUAUUGAGUUCUGACACACUGUGAAAGCCAAAGGCAAAGGUAACAGUUAUCAAGCGUGAAACACGAAACCUUUAAGAGGUGGCUGGUUUCAAUUGUUUAUGCAAAUGUGCAAGAUAUCUUUUUUCAUCCAGGAAUGUUUUCCGGUCACAAACAGUUCAUUUGCUUUUAAUAAUUAUUCUUAAGAGUUUCAAACUGUGCAUAACGUCUUCUUAACGUCUAAUACUUGCGAUGAAUAUUUCUCUUUGCGAAUACAAAUCAGGUCAGAUGCUUUAAGCUGUUAAACAGUCGGUAACCUUGAUGCCAGAGACUUUUGAUGCGCGGUUUCCAGUUUCGGUCAAUUCUUUUUAGUGGGCGGUGUGCCCACAUUUGUCUAGCGCCCUCCCAAAAUUCAAAUGUUUGGCGGCCAAACCUUCAUGUUUGAACCCACUUUGAACCUACUUUCUCGUUACGUGUCAACGGUUGGAUCCAAACGACGGUAUCAGCUCGCGGGUGUGUGUUGAUGUCGCUGGAAGAGACAGUUGUCGUUUUAAUAGAAUAGGUUGUUGGUUGUUUAUGUACUGAUGUAUCGACCUCAAUAAGCAAUUUUGGUAGAGUUGGAACCGCUUUCUCCGGCGAACUCCCACAAGCCAAGACCGUUUUGCUCUUCGGCAGCUGCUCUGGCCAGAUUUUUCCACGUAGAAAUCCUUUGACUCGUCGACGAAAGUAGCAGCAAGUUUAAAAGUCACAUCGCUUGCUGUGCGUGAUCGGCAGUGAAAUGAAUUACCCGCUAAGUUUAAAAUUACAUGACGCCACUCUAACCGACCAAUAAGGCGGCUUCCUUAAAAUAACCACGCAGUAUGACACCGAACCGAAAAUAGAUUGAAAAUAAUUUUCAUGGGAAGAAUGUCAUGUAUGGGGGAUUCGCUCACUUAGGUCAUUCUCUCUUGGUCCCAGUCAAUUUGAUGUUUCGUCUGUAAAUGGUGCUCAUUAACGUGAUUGUUGACGUCACCAUUCCUCGUUGCUCGUUUGUGUUCGGUCAGUCGCGUGGUAAGGUUUCUGCCGGUUUCACCAAUGUAAGAAGCCUGGCAGUCGCAGCAUUUGAUCUUGUUUACUGCUCCCUGUCUGUCCUCCGGUUUUCUUUGUCCUUAACAAUAGUAAGCAGUCAUCGUAAAGUGGUUAUCGGUUUGUGUGCAACACGUAUAUUGUAAGGUUGUAAUAUACGUGCGAUAGUUUCAGAGGUGCGUCUGAUGUACGGUAUAGUCGCUGUCGUAACAGGGCCAGAGUUGACGUUGGUCUGAGUGUUGGAAUCAGUUGUUACUGUGAGUGUUCCGUCUAACAAAGUCCGUGUUGUAAUUGUUCUUACUAAAAACGUUGUUAAGAUAACCAGACUCGUCUUGUAGGUUGUCAGGUGAGUCGUAAACUAGUUGCGCUCGUCUCGUCAAAGUCCGGAUAGUAGCAGCUUUGUGAGAGGUCGGGUUGUACGAAGACUGGUCUAGUAAACGGUCGGUAUGUGUCGUUUUUCUGUAAAUAGUCGUUUGUAGUUUGUUGUUGUCGCGAGUGACCAAGCAGUCUGGAAAAGGUAUCGUACAAUUUUCUUCGAUCUCCUUGGUGAACUGUAUGCAUGUCCGCGUUUUGUCUGUUAAGGUGUUCGUGAAAAUCGUCGAUUCCGUCUUUGUGUACCGCGGUACACAAAGUAGUUUUUUUUAGUUUUGUUUUAUAGUAUCAUACCAACUGAUUUAGCGAUUUGUUUGCAUACGAAGCUAACAUGAUGUUUCAAGAUAAGAUGCUCAUGGAGAUAUACACCAAGAAAUUUUUUUUACAUUACUUUGUUUAAGAGACUGAUUUCCGAAGGAAAGGUUGUAGUCAAGUUUUGUCUGCCUGUCUGCAACGAUUUAAAGACAAUAUAAUUGUUUUUUUUUUUUUGUUUUUUUUUUAAAUAUAUAUUGACCAAGAGUUUAUAAGGUUUUAGCCAAACAUCAAAAUUUUGCAAUUCGUCAUUUAGUGCAGAUUCUAAGCAGUUGUGAUCUGAGUGAGAUAAAAGAUACUGGUGUCGUCAGCAAAAAGCAGAGGCUGAGCUGAUUUAAAAGCAUUAGGGAGGACGUUUAUAUAUAGUAAAAAAAAUAAAGGACCUAGGAUGGAACCCUUGAGGGACACCGCACUUAACGGUCUGCAAUAAGGAACAAGCUAGAUUGACUUGAGCAAAUUGUUGACGGCGAGAAAAAUAGCGGCUCCAUUGUUAUAAUUGUGACAAACGUGUUGAUUAAGUAAUGAAAAAGAAAAGAUGUUGAUUAUCGGUAUAGUCCAAUUAAUCUAACAUAAAAACUCUGACGUGCUUUCAAUUUACUGCAGAAUUACAAUAAUGUGCUUUUUCUUUACAUGGAAAAGUGACUUUGUGAACAAAAGGGAUUCGUCAUGAUUUAUGGUAUACUGUAAUCGCAAACAGAUGCGUAACCCAUAAUACUUACCACAGCACAUCCCGUUACGACCCUCCUGUGACAACUCUUCAAUCUUGACUUCGUGUGAGUCGUAGGUUCAAAGGGAAAAUAUUUUUUGUCGCCCACAGGGGUCUGAUCAGUACUUCACCAGCUCAGACAUAAAUGCCACCUCAAGCGGGAUCUAUUCAGAUGAUGAUAGUUUGGAUUCCUCAGAUCAAAGUAAGUACAGCUUUUUCUUAGGAAACUGUCUGUUAGCCAGUUGAAUUUUUAUUGCCCACACUACAGAAAUAACUAAUGAUAUGAAAGCAAUUUGACAGUUUAAAGACAUCCUAGACAAAUUUGCUUGAAUCUUUUUCUCCUUUUAAUAAAUGCUGUCCAAAAAUAGAAAUUCUACAAUCAUGGACAAAAAUGUCUAGUUUCAAGAUGAAGCUUUUGUAAGUAAUUGCAACUACAAAUUGUUCUCCUUCCCCCCAAAAAAACAAUGUUGAAGUCCGACUGAAUCAUUUGUGAUCCCGACUAAACAACAACCACAGCGUACCAAGUCCCGGGAUAGGCAUUCUUUAGGUAAAAGAGUGCAAAACUCUCGGCACUUUUUGUCCAAGCUUGUAGCUUUUUGUGUUCCUUUAUAAUUAAUUAUUAUUAUUAUUAUUAUUAUUAUUAUUAUUUUUAUUUUUAUUAUUAUUAUAUUUUCAGUGGCGUGUUUUAGGCGAUUAUUUAAUAACAAGUUUAAGAAAUUUAAAGUGGCUUUAGUCCUACUGCGGUUAAUUUAGUAUAGCACUGCAAGUCAGUAAAAAAAUGUAACUGAUGUUCACCUGUUUAUUUUUUACACAAGAUAAUUUAGAAAACUUGUCCCAAGACCAAGUUAUUAGAACAGAGGCAAGGCAAGAUUUUGAGCCCAAAAUAGAUCCUAAUGAGGUUCCUUUUUAUAAGGUAUUGCUAUUGUUGUUGUUUGCAUUUUUUUUUGUUUUGUUUUGUUUUGCUUUGGUUUGGGGGUGUGUCUCUGUGUGCGUGUGGUCUUUUUUUCAACGCUCGAUCAAUUUCACUAUCCAAUGGACAGGUAGAGGGUAAAUCAAUUCUGCUCUCCAGUGUGCGUUGGCUUAAUCAUCUCGUAUCCAACAAGCGCGAGUGGAAUAAUUGUUUUAUUAAAAACGCCCGCAAAAUAUCGAGAAUUCUUCCCGACUUUAUUUGUAAAAACAACCGAUUUUCAGCUUGUUUUUAAUUUUGAGCAGACGCAUACAGUUACCAUAUUUGGUAACGUGUAGCGUGGUGAGACUUGAGUUACCAGUGACAAUCUACUUUAUUCGAGAUCUUUCAAAUGUAAACGCGGUGAUUCCAGUUGGCUCAACUCUUCAAAUUUUGGCGAAUUGUUUCAAUUAAGAAACCGUAUUAAAAAAAAAAAAAAGGGAAAUAAAAAAUGGUCUAUGUAUUUGCUAGCCUCUGUACAGUCGUCCCCCUCCGCUCAGAAAAAAUCGGGGAGAAAGACGUCUGUGAAUCCCGGUCCCGUUUACCCGGUAUGUAGGGGUAAGCCUCUGACUGGCUGUAAUGUUAAUACCAUGACACAAGGAAUUUCCAGUGAUGUGAUUGGUGAGUGAAUCUCAGAAUAGAUACCCCGGGGAAAACCUCAGCCUUUGUUGACAGCUUACUACAUUUAUAUACGUCAAGAGCCAUAAUGGGACUGAGAGGGAAUCUUAGGGCGUUGGCCGAGAUAUGUAAAUUUCACUAAAGUUAUUUUAAAAGGUUGUAAUUAAACAGAAGUCGAAUUCUUGGGACGUCCGCACAUUUUAAUCUAUUGUUGGAAACGACAUCAAGUCCACGCGCGUCUGCCUCAAAGCAAACAAUGCAGAAUAUAGUAAUGGAAACUCUUGAAUAUUGAACAUGACUUUUUCGAGUGAGAUUUACAGGCGUCUAGAUUUUGGCAUCAAUAUUUUAGAUGUAAAAAGUAACGAGAUAAUGUUCCGACGUUUCGGCGACAUCACGACGCCAUCAUCAAGGAAUAAACGUGCGAGUUAAUUUUGUUCUUGCAUUUUUCAGCACUCUAAAGCAGCUGAGAAGGUCCUCAUUAGGGACGGCACCCGCGUAGUCUCAUCCUAGUGCUUGCGCACGGAAGAUGAUUUACGCGGGUGGCGUCCCUGAGGACCUUCUUAGCUGCUUUAGGGUGUUGAAAAAAGCAAGAACAAAUUUGACUCCCUCGUUAACGAAAUGCUUUACAUCAAAUAAUUAAGACCGCCUUUGAACGUGCAAAUGGAUUCAAUCCGCGCUAAAGUCUUUGUUUAGCUGUUUUCAUUCAUGCAAAUUUAGAGUAUGUAACUUCUCAGUUGAACUCUCAUUUUUAUUCCAUGAUAAUGUCCGAACACUAUCUCGUUACUUUUUACAUGUUUUUUUUUUUCUCGCGUCACCCAAGGGGUGAUAUAAACGCAAAACGCAAAAUUUUCGAGUUGAUACCCCACUAGUACUGGAAAUUCAUUCAUUCCUUGAUUUUUUAUUUAAUAAGUGAUUUUAGCCAGUAUCCCUCACAGACUAUUUCUCCUUGCCCCCGCCCUACACCUCAGCUCCCCUUAUGCCUCCUCAAGAGAGCAAGAGUCUAUUUAACUAUAUGAAUGCAGAAAAAUGUUAUUUAAUGCCCUUAUUAAGCCAAUUCUUGAGUACUGUUGCAUCGUUUGGGGAAGCUGUUCUGUUGCUAACCUUCAAAGGCUAUUACAACUACAAAAACGAUGUGCGAGAUUAAUUUUGAACUCCACCAUAAGUGAUAGCUCCGUUGAACUUUUUGAUCAGUUCGGUUGGCUGCCUAUAGAUGACAUUAUACGCGUUAGAAAACUCUUCCUGCUACAUAAAGUAAGCAAGGGUCACUGUCCUGAAUAUUUUUCUUCAUAUUUUAAACAUGUCAGGUCUACACAUGGUUAUGGUACCAGAUCUGCUAUAUUAAAUGACGUUCUAACACCAUCAUUUAAAAGAAACUCAGGGCUUAAAACUUUCCAUUCAAGUGCAUGUCGUCUAUGGAAUAAUUUGUAUAACUCAUACAGAAACAUUACUUCCCAUAAAAAUUUCAGGAAAAUGCUGCAGAACAAUCUUAUCAGGGAAAACUCGUCAUUAGACCAUUUUAAUACUACAAGGACUUUUUAAGAAUUUUAAGUUUUAGUAUUUUAAAAAUUUUUAAUGUAUUUCAAUAUAACUAAGACUUUUUGGGAAUUUUAAAAAUUUUAAGAAAUAGUAGGAUUUUUUAGAAUAAGUAGGAUGUUUCUAAUUUUUAUUAAAAUAUCUCUUUUUUGAGAGAUAUUGUAAGAACUACCGGGCCACCGGUAAUUAAUGUACUCCACCCUCAGUAAAUAAAGUUUUCUUUCUUUCUUUCUUUUUUUCGUUCUUUCUUUCUUUCUUACAUUGUAACUUUUCACCUGGUUUCCGGUGAUCUCCGGGAUGGCAACGAUUAAAGUAAACUCUUGAAAAACGCAAUGUAGCAUAUACUCUUUUUUUCUCCCUCAGUUUGAAAGAAAGCAUUUAAAUGGCUGUGGCUUCUAUACAGAAGGUUUAGAGCGUCU